AUGGACAGUGAUAAUGAUUUCACUUUUUGUCAGGUCAGUACACCCGUAGUGGAAACUAAGGAGCUUGUUUCAAAUAUUGCUGAUAUUUCCAUAAAGGAAGAAUCUUCAAAUGCAAGUAGUAGUAAUCACAACAAUGGUGGUUUCUUAUGGAAGGAUGGUUUAGCCAAUGAUUCUUCCAACUCUAAAAAGGAGGGAACAGUUGGUUCUUUGUCUUUCAGUGUAAUCAGCACUGCAACUCCUUCAACUCAAAGUGAUACUAAGAAUUUGCCAAAACAAAAGAAUUCUCUUAAAAAGCCAACAGUUCGAGCCAAAGUUCCUUUUGAGAAGGGUUAUAGUCAAAUGGACUGGCUCAAGCUUACUCGAACUCAUCCCGAUCUUGCAGGUCUAAAAGGACAGUCAAACAGGAGACUUAUAUCGAUGGAUGAAGUUAGAAAACACAAAUUAGAAGGCGAAAUGUGGACUGUAUUAAAAGGCCGUGUUUACAAUAUAUCACCAUAUAUGAAGUUUCACCCUGGAGGUGUUGAUAUGUUGAUGAAAACUGUGGGAAAAGAUUGCACAUCUCUAUUCAAUAAAUACCAUGCUUGGGUUAACGCCGAAUUCUUACUGGAGAAAUGCCUUGUAGGUACUUUAGAUGAAAGUCAUUGA